AGUUAAGUGAAACAUUGAGGACACAGAGGAGACUCCUGAUGGUUCUGGUGACCCUGCUGGUUCUUGUCUUCAUGUUCCUGAUAAUCCUGACCUGCCUCAUGUUUAUAUACUAUUCUACAGUGAGCCGGCAGCUACAGCAGGCAGAUGAGCAGAAAGCCAACCUUCUAACCCAAAUCACAGCCAUAAACCAAACACUGGAUUCCCGUAUAUCAGAGGCUAUGAAAAGUAUAAAGCAGGACAUACAGACAAUACAAAAAGAGAGACCCCAGUGUGAUUCUGGCUGGAAAUCCUUUGAUGGAAGCUGUUAUUAUAUUGUUACAACUACGAAGAAUUGGACUGAGGCCCAGAGCAUUUGUAAAUCAAUGAACAGUGACCUGGUUAUUAUCACCAGUGAGAGGGAACAGAAAUUCCUUGAAAAUAUUACUGACGACUCCUAUUUUUGGAUCGGCCUCAAAAGGGAUAAUAAGGAUAAGAAUGUGUGGAGAUGGGUGGAUGGAACACUCCAUAAUUUAUCAGAUGGAUUCUGGUACAAGAAUGAGCCAAGUCAUAGAGGUGGAACAGAAGACUGUGUUGACCUGUGGAAAGAGAAAAAGUGGAACGAUGUUGAUUGCACCAAUCAGUAUGAAGCAAUCUGUGAGAGAAAACUGACAUGUUGUGUUUAGUUUUGUAGUCAUAAAUCUAGGUUUAUGAGCAGCUUAUUAGUAUAUAAAUGUCCAGCAAAAAUAAAGAAAAACUAAAAUCUCCUGAAAACAAUGGCGGAGACCAUAUAUCCUUCCAAAUAAGGAGCAUUAUAGCUCCACCCCACUGCUACUAUUUGCUAUAAUAUCUGGGGUGGGGCUGAAGAGAUACCUAACAAUGAAUGACAUGGUACUGCGCUCCCUCUAGUCAUUAUAUCUGCUCAGAAGAAAAGGUCCUCAAAAUUUCAGUCAACUGACGUGUGUCUUCCCCAAAGAAUCGCUUCCCUACAGCAUUGGGAUCUGUAUCUGCUUUUCAAUAAAUUGCUGCAAUGA